CUUGGCUGAUCUCCUUUUAUGGCAUCUAAAUUGUUUGAUUUAUCACGUUGCAACUUGACAGGACCCAUCUGCGUGCUACCGUCAUGAAUGAAGAUGAUCCACAACGCUUGUAUACUCCGACCAAUCCUGAGUUGUCUGCGACUUUUCGUUUCAUCUCUGUCGUCAAUGCCAAGUUCGGUCUAUCACUCGCUUCCUAUCAUGAUCUCUACACUUGGUCGACGGUCAAUUUGGCUGAAUUUUGGUCUCUCGUAUGGGACGAAACGCAUGUCGUUGGGGACAAGGGAGUCCAUGUUGUCGAUGCACAAGCGAAGCCUUCUGAUAAUCCGCUUUGGUUCUCGGAUUCAAAGAUUAGUUGGGCCGAAAAUAUGCUUCGAUGUCGCUCAGACAAGGUCGCCAUCAUCCAAGCCACCGAACCCAUCGCGAAUCAAUCAUCUAGUCCAGAGUUGCGACGCAUCACUUACUCGCAACUCUACACCGCCGUUGCUGACCUUGUCUCCGCUCUCCUCAGCAAUGGGCUGCAACCGGGUGACCGGGUAGCAUCUUACGCCUCAAAUUGCAUUGAGAAUCUAAUCGCCUGUUUGGCUACUACAGCGGUGGGAGGGAUUUUUGUCACUGCGGCUGCAGAUUUCGGACCUGAUGGGGUGUUAGAGCGAUUUGAACAAGUCCUGCCAAAGUUCAUUUUCACUGUUGAUGCCGUCGUCUACAACGGAAAAGUCCACGAUCAUCUCUCCAAAGUAUCAGCUCUCGUACAAGGUUUAUCUAAAGUGUCCGAUAGUACGGACUUUCAGGUCAUCCUCUUGGAUACAAAUCUCCGCAACAAGGACCCCGUAUCGGUACCAAAUGGAUACAUUUCCUGGAAUGACUUUCUCGUACAAGGCCAACACUGCAAGCUCGGACGCUCAGAAUCUGGCGAGAUACUCUGGCACCGUGGCUCCUUCAAUGAUCCGUUGUGGAUAUUGUUCAGUUCAGGAACCACAGGUCGUCCAAAGCCUAUCGUACAUCGCGCGGGUGGAAUGCUCUUACAAGCAAAGAAAGAACUUGUCAUAUGCGGUGGCCUUCAACCCGAUGACGUUUUCUUCUAUUACACUACAACCGGAUGGAUGAUGUGGAACUUCUUGGUCGGCGGCUUAAGCCUGGGUUGCACCCUUGUGCUGUACGACGGCAGUCUUUUGCGGGAUGCAUCCCUUCUGUGGCGGCUUGUGGAUGAUCUCGGCAUAACAAUUUUUGGAACAAGUGCAAAGUACAUUGACCAGCUUUCUAAAAAGUACAAGCCUCGCGAGCACCAUGCUCUAGUUACGCUUCGGCACAUUUAUUCUACAGGUUCUCCGCUCUCUGCCCCGCUGUUCGAUUAUGUUUAUCAACACAUUCAUCCUACCGUUCUGCUGGGAUCAAUAACCGGUGGAACUGAUAUCUGCUCACUGUUCGCGGGAAUGUGCGAUGCUUUGCCUGUGUAUCGUGGCCAAAUUCAGUGUAGAAUGUUGGGCAUGGCGAUCGAAAGCUUCACUUCGCACGGGACUGCUACUGCACCCGGCAAUACCGGAGAGCUGGUGUGCUUGAAACCCUUUCCAUGCAUGCCUGUCGGGUUUUGGCCCCUACCUGGAUUCGGGACCGAUGAAGCGGUUUUAACUGCGAAAGAACGAUACAAGCAGGCGUAUUUCUCGGAGUUCGACGAUGUUUGGUAUCAUGGUGAUCACAUAUGCAUAACCAGUUCGCAGUCUGGUAAUGGUGGAGGCGUGAUUAUGUUGGGUCGUUCAGAUGGCGUGCUUAAUCCAGGAGGCAUCCGGUUCGGGUCUGCAGAAAUCUAUGACGUGAUCGAUCUCUGUUUCCCCCCCGGCGAUGAUGCCCUGGAACCUGGGGUUGUUGACUUUCUUGCUGUUGGCCAAUUAAUUGAAGGGGGUACAGAUGAACGAGUCGUCCUCUUCGUCAAGCUGCCUGAAGGCCACGUCUUGUCUGAAACUAGUUUGGAGGAAAAGAUCAAGGCUGAGAUACGCAAGAGACGGAGUCCCAGGCAUGUUCCAGCAAAGAUCAUACAAGUGCCGCAAGUACCGUACACGUUGAACGGUAAACGUGUAGAGGUGCUGAUCAAGAAGGCAAGGUCGAUCAUGCAGAUAAUAAACGGCGCCCCUUUAUCGAGUGUGAACCCGGCAACGUUGUCUAAUCCUGAAUGCCUCGAGUUCUUUGCAGAUGUGGGCGUGUUAUUGCGCAAUGAGGUCACUUGA